UGUGAGAACCUAAGUGAUGCUGAACACAUGACCUGGCUGAUCAUCAACCAUGUCAGUGACCUCAUUCUAUUGUCGCAGGAGUCACCAGUGCAGGAUUUUAUUGGUGCCAUACAUAGAAACCCAGCUGCCAGUAGCUUGUUCAUUCAGGCCAUCCAUGCACGAGGGGACAGCAUUACUAAACCAUCCAUGGUGAAGCGGACAUUGAAAUGUUUGGAUGCUAUCCACGCUUCACAAAGUGGUUCACUGGUAGCAUUGUUGAUAGACAAGUUCUUGGGCUGCCAUCGCUUGGCAAUAACCAGGAUGACAGAUUCUAUAGUGUGUCAGCGUUUGGAAAGUUUACUUGGUGAAACUGCAGAGGAAAUAUCCAAGCAACUGCCAAAGGAGGACAUAGAGAAGCUACUGCAUUUUAUGAAGUCUAAUGGGUUGAUACAGCAACAUCAACGUUUAGCCUCACUGCUGGGUAAACUGUGUGCAGCAGCUGGCUCUACGGCACAGAUUCAGCUGUCUCCUGAUAGAUCACACCCAUUGUCUCUAUUGCCACUAGAUAUUUCCAGUAUCACUAUUGACAAGGAGUUUUAUUUGUCAGUUGUGAAGGAACAGUGCUUUCAGGCUAGCCCCAGCACCAGAGAGUGUGCCUUUCUGCUGCAGAGGUUGGAAUAUCCAGAUAUUUUAUCCAUCACCAUGACCAAGGAGUUCAAUUUAUCCAUUUUGGAGGAGUGUAUGUCACUCGGGGCUUUCCGUUCAGUGCUGCGUUACAACAGGGAUGCUGAACUUGGUUCUGCAAUUUCAGAAGCUGGCCCACAUGAACCCAGACUGGACCCUCUGUUUGAAGCAUCACAGUUAACUCUAUUCCGACACAUCAACAAUGUUAUUAACCAGCUCCCUUUGCCACACCAGUCUCUGGUUUUCACAGAUUCUGCUCCGGCUUCAAGUUUACAUUACAUGGAUCGUAUCGAGGAACUGUUCACAGAUACUCAAUGGGUUGACACUAACUUUGUUCUGGCUGCUGCUUUGGUGCACUACCUGGUCGCUUUGAGUCACUUUCCAUGGAAUGUUGAACUGCCAGCCGAGUCACAUAAAGAUGUUGCCAGCUUUGCUGUUCUUUGUGCUGAGCUGAUCAACUGGUCAGUGAGCCAUGAUAUCCUGCCUGAUUCUGAGCAGAUCCAAAACUGCCUGGCGUGUCUGUCAUUGCUGCUGCAGGAGCAGAACAUCCAUUUGCUGAUUGGACGACCGGAGCAUGCCACCUGGGUCUGCAGUUUAGUGGACUCUGUCUAUCAGAUACUGUCCUCAA